AUGGGACUCCUUUACCUGAAAUCGACGUCAAGACCUGUGGUUUGGGGGAAGGUAGAGUCAACCCGAAGGGAAGAUAUAUGUUUUAACUUGUCUUCCCUGUGCAGUAGUUCCACACAUAAUCAGUUUUUGCACGAAGACAGAGCAGGACUAAGAUGCAGACGAGGGCAAAGAGUUAUUGUUGCUACUGGUCCCGCCAUUGAUCAGGCUACUGUUUUGGCCACAGAGCCAUUGACAAAAGACGAUCUAAUUGACUACUUCCUAUCUGGUUGUAAGCCCAAAGAAAAGUGGAGAAUAGGUACAGAACAUGAGAAGUUUGGUUUUGAGUUUGAAACUUUACGUCCAAUUAAAUACAAACAAAUAUCAGCUUUACUCAAUGGCAUUGCUGCGAGGUUUGAUUUGGAUAAAAUAAUGGAAGGUGACAACAUCAUAGGACUCAAAAAGGGCAAGCAAAGCAUAUCAUUAGAGCCUGGUGGUCAACUUGAGCUUAGUGGUACUCCUUUGAAAACAUUGUAUCAAACUUGUGAUGAGAUUAAUUCACACCUCUAUCAGGCUAAAACUGUUGCAGAGGAAAUGGGAAUUGGAUUUUUGGGGUUAGGUUUUCAGCCUAAAUGGAGACUGGAGGACAUACGUCGAAUGCCUAAGGUACGAUAUAACAUUAUGCAAAAUUACUUCCAUAAAUUUGGCUUACCUGGAAUUGACUCAUUGUUAAGGACGUGCUCUAUUCAGGUCAACCUGGACUACAGUUCUGAAGCAGACAUGAUCAAGAAAAUGCGUGCCAGUCUUGCUCUGCAGCCUUUGGCAACAGCCUUAUUUGCAAAUUCACCUUUCAAGGAGGGAGUUCCAAGUGGUUACCUCAGUAUAAGAAGCCAUAAGGUGGAUAAGGUUGACAAACGUCGCACUGGCAUGAUCCCUUUUGUUUUUUAUGACACUUUUGGGUUUGAGCAAUAUGUUGAUUAUGCUCUUGAUGUGCCGAUGAUGUUCAUUUAUCGACAAAAUAAAUAUAUUGACUGCGGUGGCAUGUCAUUCCGGGACUUCAUGGCAGGGGAACUCUCUGCCAUUCCAGGUCAGGUGCCAGCACUCAAUGACUGGGAAAAUCAUCUGACAACCAUAUUUCCUGAGGUCAGGCUAAAGAGAUACAUGGAAAUGAGGGGUGCUGACGGGGGCCCUUUGGACAUGUUAUGUGCUCUUCCGGCUUUUUGGGUAGGUCUAUUAUACGACGAGGUUUCACUACAUAAUGUCCUAGAUAUGAUCGAUGAUUGGACCCCCGAAGACAGACAGAAUUUAAGGAAUAUGGUUCCUGUUACUGGUUUAAGGACUCCGUUUCAAGGUAGACAGAUGCGGCAUGUUGCCGAAGAUGUGUUGAAGUGGGCAAAGGAUGGCUUGGACAGAAGAGGCUUAAAUGAAUCCGUUUUUCUGGAUCCAUUGAAGGAAGUGGUUAGAACAGGUUUGACCCCAGCUGACAAGCUUUUGGGGAUGUAUAAUGACAAGUGGGGAAACAACAUAGAUCCUGUGUUCAGAGAGUGCUGCUACUAAGCUGAAUUAUAUUCGCUUUAUGCUUGUGCUUACGAAGAAGAGGAAUGUAGACUGAGAAUGAUGCAAAUAAUGACUUGCGUGCAACGUUAUAAGAUGUUGACAAGAUAGCUUAUAGUGCUUAAUAUGUGUCUGUUUAUCUGUAAAGGAAUGUACAAUGUAUAUAACAUAUAGCAACUGAUAUGUGUCUCAGGUUUGACUAAAAUGAUAUGUUCAGUUGCAUGUAAUUAUUGCCAGC